CGGCGAGCGAGUGGAUCUCGGCCGGGUUGGAAGAAGAAAAAAAAGCGACAAAAACGGCAUCCGGAUAUGACAAUUUGACAGCGCUUAAGGACGGCAUAAACUAUCGGAAAAAUACGAACCUGAGGAGAUUUUUUUAUCAGCUGCUUUGAUUUGUUCAGAAGAAUCGCUUUUUUUGAAUGGGAAUUUCAGCUAAGCUAAGCUAAGCUGGCUGGCUAGCUAGCUAAGUUAGCAUAGCACCCAGCUAGCUAAACUUUUAGCUACUUCACGAGCGCAGACAAACGAAACAAACCCGAAAUACAUAACGAUGUUUCGAUGUGUUCGUUCUUUUAGAUACUUGGUUUAAAAUUUCUGGAUGUUGAAGACCGCAAUCUAACAAGCUACCGUGUAGAGUUUAGCUAAGCUCCGUCGUUCUGUCAGGGCAGGCGGCGAAGAGUGACUAGUGAGUCCGUGGUUGAGCCCCUAAAGACCGGGGCGGCCCCACCGGGGAGUAACCGCCGUUUCGUACGAGAAUAUAUACUGGAAAAAAAAUAUCUGGAGUAUAACUGGGAUUCUCCUUGGAUUUUUUUUCUCACGGAAAGCCGGAGUUUUCUUCUUCUUCUGUGAGCCGGGGAAGGAACCGGACAGAGAGCCUCAUGAAUGGAAAUCGGAACUUCAGGAGUCGUUGGGGCCCAGUCCCUGUUCUCCAUGCCCCGGAGGCCUGGCUAUGGCACCAUGGGGAAGCCCAUCAAGCUGUUGGCCAACUGCUUCCAGGUGGAGAUCCCCAAAAUGGAUGUCUACCUCUAUGAGGUGGACAUCAAACCUGAGAAGUGUCCACGCAGAGUCAACAGAGAGGUGGUGGACUCCAUGGUGCAGCACUUUAAGGUGACCAUUUUCGGGGAUCGCCGGCCAGUCUAUGAUGGAAAGAGAAGUCUCUACACAGCAAACCCACUUCCUGUGGCCCCUGCAGGGGUGGACCUGGAUGUCACGCUGCCAGGAGAAGGAGGCAAAGACAGGCCUUUUAAAGUCACCAUAAAGUUUGUGUCUCUGGUCAGCUGGCACCUGCUGCAUGAGGUGUUGACCGGACGCAGCAUGCCUGAGCCCCUGGAGCUGGACAAGCCUAUCAGCACCAAUCCGGUCCACGCCGUAGAUGUGGUGCUCAGACACCUGCCCUCCAUGAAAUAUACUCCAGUGGGCCGCUCGUUCUUCUCCGCCCCAGAGGGCUAUGACCAUCCCCUGGGAGGAGGAAGAGAAGUCUGGUUCGGCUUCCAUCAGUCCGUUCGCCCUGCCAUGUGGAAGAUGAUGCUUAACAUUGAUGUGUCAGCCACAGCCUUUUACAAAGCACAGCCAGUCAUCCAGUUCAUGUGCGAGGUCCUGGACAUCCACAACAUUGACGAGCAGCCCCGUCCCCUCACCGAUUCUCACAGAGUCAAGUUCACCAAAGAAAUCAAAGGUCUUAAGGUCGAGGUGACGCACUGUGGAACCAUGCGGAGGAAGUACCGAGUGUGUAACGUGACCCGCAGACCUGCCAGCCAUCAAACGUUCCCCUUGCAGUUGGAAAACGGACAAACCGUGGAACGGACCGUUGCUCAGUAUUUUAGAGAAAAGUACAACCUGCAGCUGAAGUACCCUCACCUGCCGUGUCUGCAGGUCGGCCAGGAGCAGAAACACACCUACCUGCCCCUGGAGGUGUGCAACAUCGUAGCGGGGCAGAGAUGCAUCAAGAAACUGACCGAUAAUCAGACGUCCACUAUGAUCAAAGCUACAGCGCGCUCAGCACCAGACCGGCAGGAAGAGAUCAGCAGACUGGUACGCAGUGCCAACUAUGAGGCCGACCCGUUCGUACAGGAGUUCCAGUUCAAAGUACGGGACGAGAUGGCUCACGUGACGGGCCGUGUGUUGCCCGCGCCCAUGCUGCAGUACGGGGGCAGGGUGAGCUCAGAGAACUUUCUGAACCGGACCGUGGCCACACCCAGUCACGGCGUGUGGGACAUGCGAGGAAAGCAGUUUCACACCGGUGUAGAGAUCAAGAUGUGGGCCAUCGCAUGCUUUGCCACACAGAGGCAGUGCCGUGAAGAGAUCCUUAAGGGGUUUACAGAUCAGCUGCGUAAAAUCUCGAAGGAUGCCGGGAUGCCCAUCCAGGGCCAGCCGUGUUUCUGUAAAUACGCCCAGGGAGCCGACAGCGUGGAGCCCAUGUUCAGGCACCUUAAAAACACCUACUCCGGCUUGCAGCUCAUCAUCGUCAUCCUGCCCGGGAAGACGCCUGUCUAUGCGGAGGUGAAGCGUGUAGGAGACACUCUCCUAGGAAUGGCCACUCAGUGCGUACAGGUGAAGAACGUAGUGAAGACGUCACCGCAGACGCUCUCUAACCUCUGCCUGAAGAUCAACGUCAAACUCGGUGGCAUAAACAACAUCCUGGUACCACAUCAAAGGCCAUCAGUGUUCCAGCAGCCUGUGAUCUUCCUGGGUGCAGAUGUCACACACCCUCCUGCUGGAGAUGGGAAAAAACCGUCCAUCGCUGCGGUGGUAGGCAGUAUGGACGCUCACCCCAGUCGGUACUGUGCCACGGUGCGGGUGCAGAGGCCGAGACAGGAAGUGAUUCAGGACUUGGCCUCCAUGGUACGUGAGCUCCUCAUCCAGUUCUACAAGUCGACCCGAUACAAACCCACCCGCAUCAUCUUCUACAGGGACGGUGUGUCCGAGGGCCAGUUUAGACAGGUGCUGUAUUAUGAACUGCUGGCUAUCAGGGAGGCCUGCAUCAGCCUGGAGAAAGAGUACCAGCCUGGCAUCACCUACAUCGUGGUGCAGAAACGCCACCACACCCGCCUGUUCUGUGCCGACCGCAACGAGAGGGUGGGCCGCAGCGGAAACAUUCCUGCUGGUACGACUGUCGACACGGACAUCACACACCCUUACGAGUUCGACUUUUACCUCUGCAGCCAUGCUGGAAUACAGGGCACAAGUCGGCCCUCUCACUACCACGUGCUGUGGGACGACAACUGCUUCACAGCCGACGAGUUCCAGCUGCUCACCUACCAGCUGUGCCACACGUACGUGCGCUGCACACGUUCGGUCUCCAUCCCUGCACCUGCCUACUACGCCCACCUGGUGGCCUUCCGUGCCCGUUAUCACCUGGUGGAUAAAGAGCACGACAGUGCCGAGGGAAGCCACGUCUCGGGUCAGAGUAACGGCCGAGACCCCCAGGCUCUGGCCAAAGCUGUGCAGAUUCACCAUGACACCCUGAGGACCAUGUACUUCGCCUGAGAGCCCUGAUCUAUCCCACUCGCUCGCCCACACACCUCCUCCUACACGCGGACCGGACACUGUGCAGCAGGAAGCGGGGGUGGGGUGUUUGUGGGGGGUCUCGCCAAUCCUGAAUCCGGCCUGAGAAGUGCACACCUGCUUUAAUCCAACACCCAACUCAGCACUGUUAUGCAAUAUAAAACCAGCCAACCACAUUUUAUUUAUUACGGAUUAAGACGACCCUAACACCAAACAAAAGGGAGUCCCCGUCCCCCGUCUUGUCUGCUUGAUUUGUUUACCUCACGGUUGUAACAGCAGCACUUUGACCGCCCGGUGUUUGCAGGACGACAUCCUGGAAAGGUGAACGAAGUUAGGAAAGAGAUCGAGUCCGUCUAACGCGACGAGUGUCAGCUGUUACGAAUUAUACAUUAGGAAUAUCUCAACAAUUCACACACACGCGCUCUGAUUAUAAGUGCCACCCAUUAGGGCCAGAUGCUAUUACAAACAGUUCAUUUUUGAUUUGAUUUGAUUUUAUUCUUCAGGCUUCGUGCCGUGUUAGUCCUCCCAUAUCGGUCCGGAUCACUAAAGCUUUUAUUUACUACGAUUCGAAGUGAUCAUCAUCUUUUUAAUGUUUAUGUGGAUAAAAUUGUAGGGUUUUUUUCCUUUUUGUUUGUUUGGUUUUAUUUUAAUUGCUCCCAGUUUUUAUUUGUGGCAUUCUUUUUUUUUUCUCCCUUUUAUUUCUUUUUUCCCAAGUAGAGGCCGUGUUAAAGGACAGAUUGUGAUAUUCCGGUUUUAGUGCAAUAACCGAUCAGCACCUAUGUAGGGUACAGCUUUUUUUUCUGGAUCACGUAAGAAUGGAAUAAGGUUAAGGAUGUGAGACGAAAGGCGAUGGCAGCCCAGCGCUCCGUAUAUCAAUACAAGAUCGAGGGUUGAACAUUAGAUGGAAGUGUGUAUGUUUUUAUAUAUAAUUUAUAUAUAUAUUUAUAGAUCUCUUUGGUGAGGGUUUCAAAUUCAAGUGCCUGGUUUUUGAAAAGGAAUAUUUUCUAGAAGGGUUUUUCUUUCUUACUUUCUUUCUUUCCCCAUCUCCCCCCUCCCCCCCACUUUUUUUUUUUUUUUAAUAUAAAGAAAACUGUUAAUGCAGUGCAUUGAGAUGCACAAGCUUGCAGUUUCACUGGAGAGUUUUUUUUUUUUUUUCCCGAGGCUUAGAGGUCACAACUUUUUAUUCGAUUGCAGAAAGCCAUGAUCUGUUCUUAACUUUUUUUUUAUGAUAGAAUCACGUUAAUGAAAAUCUUUCACUGAUCAGUAUUGCGUGGCCUUCAGGUCGUCUUCGGAUUCGGCGCGAGUCCUUCAUAGCCGUGUAACUCUCCCAGCUUUUUAUCCUGUGCAGCAGAAACGUCUCGUACCAUCGUCUGCCACUUCUGAUCAGGAUCUAGCUGCUAUUGUACAGGUUCCUUUGACGAGACUGACGGUGUGCUUCAGCUUCAAGGAUGGGAUUGUGGUGAAGCAGCAGACCGUGCGUGUGCUUGUUCACCAGAGGGCCAGUAGAGGGCAGUGUGGGGUUUUUAAUCGCAGACUCUCUUGCUGCUCCUGAAGCACAUCCCGUUUUGUAAGCGAGGGGACAGUAACUGCACUAAUUAAAGCUGAAUCAAGCUUGGUGCUAUACUGUGCAUUGUUUAUGAUGCACACUACAGAGAUUUUGUCGUGAGGGAGGGAACAUAGAGUUUGCAAAUGGUGCUGGCUACAUAUCUUCGUUAGAACAGACGUUUGGGUUGUUUUUAGACGUGCAGAUGUGUGGUACCCAUGAUGCCUAAACCUCAAAUCAGUUCACGUCAUGCUAAAUGGUCCCUGAUGCCAUUUAUCAGUUUUAUUAUUAUUGGAAAAAAUCCACCUCCUUUUCCAAUCCAGAGCUGACUUAUUUAUAACUUUUUUCUGUUUGUUGUUUUUUUUUUUUUUUGUUUCGUUUGUUUUUAAAUUAUUUCAUAGACUAAAAAAAUGUAAUUGUACUGACUUUAUGAUGUUACUAAAUACUAUAGACGGCAGUAACGGUGCAAGAUUAUGUUAUGUAGAGUAAGAAUAUGGUUUUAAGACUGUACUUUGUGUUUGAAGCAUUUUCUGAGCAGAGAUAUUAGUGCAUGUGCUAAAUAUGAGCAUCACAGUGAGCUUGAACGUGUCACCGUCAAAUUAGGUGAUACGGCGUAGUGUCUAAUGUUUGAUACCAAUUCCAUUUCUCAUUUUCAAAACAAUACCAAUAUUCUAGUAUCAGUACCGGGUAACGGGGUCUGCUCAUUGUUCAUCAGAUUCUCUCGCCAGGUUAAACAAAUCAUCCCAAGCAUGUCGAUGUGCUUUAGGACAAUUUUGUCCUGUGUUUAUAUAAAAUAAUCUGUGUUGUAUAUUUCAACACCUCAUGUUCACGGCAUUUAAUUGAAAAAACGUCACCGAAUCCGAUAAUCAGUGGGUUAAAACCUGAUCCAGUGCUGAUAUCAAUGCUGUGAUGACUGUCUUUAAAUAAUGGAACCACUAUCAGAGUUAUUUUGGAUGAUCAUCAGUUUUGUUCCACCUCAAAAAUGUAGAGUAUUUAUAAAAUCCUGUUUUAGGAACGUUCUGGUAGCAGAUGUUAUGAAUAAAGCUGUGUAGCAUGUUGGACCGGAUGGUGCUUAGCGUGUAGCAGUUGUAUUUCACCUCACGAGUAUUCUCAGCGUCGUGUAAUUUGCGUUCAGCACAGCGGCCGACAUUCUGCUAUCCUUUCACGAGGACCGAAGUCGGCUCGACGCGCGAUCUCGAAACCCGCAGGCCUUCCCCUUUUCAGUGUUUCAAUGUAAAGCGUGUGGAGCCAAAAGAGGUUAAAGUCCUUAGAAAGUGCCUUUCCUCAUGACGGUGCUGAAGAAUCCGAAUUUAAGUGACAGAUCAAACAGUUUUCUUUAUCUUACCUUGCACACAUGCAAAAGCAUGCACAAGCCUACAUUCACACAUUUUCCAUCUAAGGAACGAGGCUCACUGAAGUCUCUGUGUGUAUUCGUUUCUAACGAUGAUAAUAUCUGCCAAGUAUAAACAAAACAAAACAAAGGUUUAUGGGUGACUUCUGGGUUUGUUUGGUUUUUGUCAGGACUAUGGGGCAAUUGGUACACAGCCUGACCGAGAGAAAAGCCUAGCACAGCACUUUAAAGACUGCCACCCAAACAGGAAGUGACAACUGACUUGCUUUCUAAUUGUUUGGGGUUUAUGUAUUUUUUUUUAAUCUUUUAAGCAUAUAGGUAUGUGCCAGACAAAAUAUCAUCCGUAUCCCCGACAUCCACUUUAGGAGGAUUUUGUCUUGAUCGGUGGCUUUGAUGGGAAACGUCUGCACUCCGAAGGUCGUGCAGUCUCACUAUUUAAUGCCUGGAACUUAGCCCCGCCCCCGCGGAACAAGACAGCUCGGCAGCUCCGUGUACGGAACUCACGAGGCAUAGGUUUAAGAGUUUACAGUCGACUCCUGAAGCAGCCUAUAAUUCCAUCCUAUCUGAAACAUGCCUGUUAUUACACUUGGCUCCCGCUGGUUUGAGCUCGUUUCCGGUGGUUCCGUCACCGCUCGUGCAAUGCCCUAUAGAAAGUACUUACAGAUAUCAUAUGAGUCUAUUUUAUUACCUUCACUUUCGCCCUGAAGUAUUAGGGUCAAGAAUUAGAGACCCCUCAGGUGCUUGUCGGUCACAUAGGUGCGGCUCCAGGAGGAUAUAUAUAUAUAUUUAUAUAUAUAUAUAUAUAUACGUCUUACAAGAGAUCUCGAAAACACUGCACCUCACUGACCUUGGUAUGCUGCAAAUGUACAACUAAACGAGUUAAACUGCAAACAAACGCUUUGAUUACAGUAUCAGUGCUAGAUUUAAAUGCCUGACAUUUAUCCUUAACUAUUUGAGUAGAUAUAUUUGUAAGAAGUGUUCUUAUUUUGUGUGUGUGUGUGUGCGUGUGUGUCACCUUAACACUUCUUUCUGUUUAUUGAGCCAACUUUUUCAUUUGUUGUCUUAUUUAAUUUUUUUUUUCUUUUAAAAUAUUCAAAAAAAAUAUAUAUGCGAAAUAUUUUAUGGUGUAUUUAUUAAAAGCGUUCUAAACCGCGGCUGGAGUGUCCGCGUAGCAGGCGGCGUUAUGGAGGGGGGGGGGGGGUUGCGAGGAAGGGUGCAGCAAGAGGGCGCCAUAUCCCAAACGAAAGGUCCUCACUUUUCUGUUAGACGAGAGCUCUUCAGAUCCAGCGCUGAAGAGCCGAUUUCUUUUUAAUACCAGGCUCACAAAUUUUCGCCUGGUUUUCCUGAUCAGUGCUGGAACGGGAUCCAAUGUACAGGUUGACAUCUCGGAAAGCCGAAUAUCGUUAGUCGGGUCGAGUCAUAAGUGUGUUGAUAAUCGAUUGUACGAUAUAUCGCAAUCUUAACACUUACAGUAUUAUUGUUGUUGUUGUUAUUAUUGUUAAAAUGAUUGUUAUUAAUCAUCCAGAAGGCUUCCCACAAUUCUGAUAAGUAAAGGUUAUACUUUAUGCUACGGUUAUAAUUUACAAACUUUACAAACGAUUUAGCGCAUGUGUUUAAUCACCGAGGCAUCAUCAGGACUGGAUUAUUUUUAUUACCUUAAGUGGUCUUUAAAGACACUGACACGAGGUUGUGUUCAGGGAUAUUCCAGAAUCUUCAAACCAAAAAAAAUUAAUACCCAUAACUCCAUGUCCUGAAGUUUUAUUCCAGCAGCAAUGCUAGCGUAUCAAAUACAAAAGAACGCGACAUCAUGUUUUCUAGCUAAAGACAUUCGGUCCGUUUCGAAACUUACUUUAUUUUCAUUCGGAAAAAAUUAACGAGGCAGAAACCCGCAGCUUGUCACGUAAUUCGGAAACCAAACCCGUGUCUCGUACGUACGAGUCCUUGCUCACACUGGAGACUCCUUCCUUAGCCCUUUCCUCAUAGAGUUUGCUGCCGAAAUGAAAACGUUGCCGUAGAAACGAUACUCUUAGGGAACAGAAUCAUGGGAGAGCCUUCAUUUUCGAAAUGAGAACAUGUCCCCCAUGCUGUCUUCUGAAUACGACGGACUUCUUCGAGAACCUCGUCCCGGAACAAAAAAGGGCUGAGGAUUUCACACGAUUUGCUCAUUGCGAUAUAUCAUGUUAUCGAUUGUCGGUUACUGACGACCUCGACGCUGUAUCUAGGGGAAAGGAAAAGUUGCUGCUCCUCCUCAAACCCCUCCGAAUGCUGCUUGUUUUCUGUUUAGGGGUCAGAGAACCACACUGACAAAUACAAUAAACAAAGCUGACGUGCUUCAAAUCCAGAGCUGCUAAACUCCAGCUAUAGAAGUUCCCCUGCGUUUGAGGCAGGACGUUCGUAGUCGUUUGCUCGAGUCGAGUUGUCUUUUGUGCCAGAGCCAUUUAAAGGAGAGAGCAGGAAAGUUAAAACGUGUCCCAUUCCACUCGGAUGACAUGAGCCUCAGCCUCAUCUGUUGUCAGAUUUUUAUUUUAUUUUUAUUUGUUUUCAUUUGUUUAUUAAAUGCCUUAGUUUGUAUAGAGAAGUAUGCUAACUCGCAGUUGCGUCUUAUAAACCACUAACUGUGCAAAUCCCCAUGUGUGAAACACGUACUACUCGUCCAGCAUACGGCUCCUCCAGUCCGGCACGAUCGAGACGGUCACGAUCUGACGGCCGCAGCUCGUACCGCCGCCUCGUCAUCACUCGCAGGUCUCGAUUUCGGCCGUUAGUUCAUUUAACGAAGGGGGACAGAAACAUGCAGCUCCGAAGGAGUUCACACACGAAGAGUAACGCACAUGCACAACUGUUCCUGAAUUUGUGGAUUGUUUACAAACAGUUGUUUACUAAGAAAAACCCGUCAAGCUCCAGCAUUCCAAACGACGACUGUAGACUCUGCAUAUUGUCUUGAGUUUUAGCAGAUCAAAAAAAAAAAAAAGUUCCUUUUGAUUUUUCUCUAAACGCAUCAUCUUUGGUGUCUCUCCACGGCACAGGACUCUGAGCUCCACGACACCUUCAAGCAGUAAAGUUUAUCCUUAGAGGAACCAAAGUAUGCACUCUUUUAGCUAAGUGUCCUUCAGGACUGUCCUUCAGCUCGAGGGUCUCAAGGACGUUCUUCACGAAUGUUUCAUGUCCAGGAGCUCCAUGACUCUGUCUCCCUCUCUUUCUUUCUCUCUCUCUAACUCUCUCUCUCUCUCUGUCUCGCUACACCAAGGGGGUCUUUUAUUUUACCUUUAAAAGUAUUUCUUAUGUAUGUUUUGUAACUCUUUCUCUGAUGGCCUUUAGUGUUGCUUUGCCUUAGAUUGAAGUGUAUCUUUCACUACUAAUUGCAAUAAAAAAAGCUUUGCUUUUAA